AUGGGAUCAGGGACUAUCGAAGAGAAUAAGACCUCUGCAUUCAUAGCAGAGCUUAUAAAAAGGGAUGCCGAUUCAGGAUCUCACAUCUGGCAGGAGACGUACAGCGAGGCCACCGUGAUCACACUGGUUGUGGGUACCUGUCUUGUGCUCAUCAUGUGUUUUGGACUAGCAUAUCUCUACUCCGGUCUUGCGCGUAGAAAGUCCGCUCUUCACAUGAUUCUUGCCGUGUUUAUGGUGUUGGUAGUGUCUAUUUUCCAGUGGUAUUUCUGGGGAUACUCUCUUGCCUUUUCUUCCACUGCUACCAACAAAUUCAUUGGUAAUCUUCACAAUUUUGGCUACCAAAACUUGGAGAAAACAUUAGAGCUAGGGCCGUCGGCCAGUAAAUAUCCAGAGAUGGCCUAUGCCAAUUUUCAGGGAAUGUUUUCAGCCAUCACUAUUUGUAUACUGAUCGGCGCUGUUUGCGAGCGUGGUAGAAUUCUUCCUAUUAUACCGUUCUCCUUCAUUUGGACUACCUUAGUCUAUUGCCCUGUCGCUUGCUGGGUUUGGAACUCCAACGGUUGGGCAUAUAAAUGGGGUGUUCUCGAUUACGCUGGCGGGGGACCCGUGGAGAUCCUUUCAGGUUUCUCAGGCUUUGUCAUGUCGUAUUUUUUGGGACAACGCAAAAAGCAUUUGAUGGUUAAUUUCCGUCCUCAUAAUGUCAGUAUGAUAACUAUUGGUACGAGCUUGCUUUGGUUUGGAUGGCUUGGAUUCAAUGGUCUUACGUGCGUGAUACCUUCCCUUAAGUCUGUUUAUGCCAUCAUGAAUACCAAUUUGUGUGCUGCAUUUGGUGGAUUUACAUGGGUUUUACUCGAUUAUUUCAGAACAUACCAUUGGUCUACUGUGGGCAUGUGUUCUGGUAUUAUCUGUGGUUUGGUUGCCGCUACCCCCUCUUCAGGUUGUAUCCCACUUUGGGCUUCUGUCAUUCUUGGUAUAACGGCAGGUGCCGUCUGUAACUUUGCCACCAUCAUCAAAGUAUGGCUUAGGGUUGACGAUUCCCUCGAUGUUCUCGCUGAACACGGAAUCGCCGGUGUUAUUGGGCUUAUCUUUAAUGCUAUAUUUGCCUCUGCCACAGUGCUAGGAUACGAUGGCUAUACAGAUCAUUCAGGGGGGUGGAUCGACCAUAAUUGGAAACAAUUGUACAUACAGAUCGCCUAUAUAUUCGCUGUGGUGGGCUACUGUGUUGUGAUGACUGGUAUUAUCUGUUACGUUCUCAACAUGAUUCCUCUACUCAAUCUACGUGCAUCUGAAAGGGCUGAGGAAAAUGGUAUGGACGAGGAUCAGAUCGGUGAAUUUGCAUACGAUUAUGUGGAAAUUAGAAGAAACUUUUUUGAUGUCAAUGGAUUUGAAUCAAAGGCUUCAAACCUCUCCGAUGGUGAUGUUGAGGCUACAGGCAGUGAAAAACAGGUGCCUCUACCUCUUACCUCCCAACACGUUGAUGGAAUUAGAGUUAGACGGGAAGAUAAGGUUUUAUUAGAUCAUGACAAUAAAACUCGGGACGGCUGUAAUGAAUCGUCUUCCAGUUGA